UCCAUUCUCUUGAAUAAAUCCUGUUCUCCAUUGGUCGUUUUUAUUCGUGAAAAAAAAGGAAGAGACUCCAUUGUUAGAUAACGGCCAAACCAGUCACUAGAAAAUAGAAUGCAACCGUCACUUAACUUUAUAUCUGUGGCAAAACUAACGCAUACAUAAAGUGUGAGAGUGUGUGAGAAUCUCGAGUCAACUAUCAACCAUGGCUGCAGCUGUAGCUAUAAGCAGCACAGUGAAGUACGGGAUCAUCGGUGUGGGAAUGAUGGGCAGAGAACACCUCAUCAAUCUGCAUCAUCUUCGCACAGAAGGCGUAGCUGUUGUUGCCAUAGCUGACCCCCAUGUCCCUUCCCAAGGCCUUGCCCUGCAAUUAGCUCAAUCCUUUAAUUGGCCACUCAAGGUUUUUUCGGGGCACCGGGAGCUAUUGGACAGUGGUCUCUGUGAUGUACUGGUUGUGUCAACACCAAACAUGACCCAUUAUGAGAUUCUUAUGGAUAUCAUCAACCACCCGAAACCCCAUCAUGUAUUGGUGGAGAAGCCAUUGUGCACCACAGUUGCUCACUGCAAAGAGGUCGUAAAUGCUGCUAGAAAGAGGCAGGAUAUUCUUGUACAAGUUGGUCUGGAGUACAGAUACAUGCCACCUGUUGCUAAACUAAUAGAAAUAGUUAAGGGCGGAAAUCUUGGACAGGUUAAAAUGGUGGCAAUCCGGGAACAUCGUUUUCCCUUUUUGGUUAAGGUCAACAAUUGGAACCGGUUCAAUGUUAACUCAGGGGGAACACUGGUAGAAAAGUGCUGCCACUUCUUUGAUUUGAUGAGGCUGUUUGCAGGUGCAAAUCCUGUCCGUGUGAUGGCUUCUGGAGCUAUUGAUGUUAAUCACAAGGAUGAAAUAUAUGAUGGAAAGGUACCAGAUAUAAUUGACAAUGCAUAUGUUAUUGUUGAAUUUGACAAUGGUUCUAGAGGGAUGCUCGACCUCUGCAUGUUUGCUGAAGGCAGUAAAAAUGAGCAAGAAAUAUCUGUUGUUGGUGACACUGGGAAGGGGGAGGCCUUUGUUCCUGAGAGUAUUGUACGUUUUGGUACACAAGAGAAAGGAAGAGAUGGUGUCCAUACUUUAAAAGCUGAGGAUGACCGAAUAAAAUAUGAUGGGCUGCAUCAUGGGUCUAGCUACUUGGAACACCUUAACUUCUUGUCUGCAGUUCGAGCUAAAGGUGGCCAAGCUCCUGCAGUGGGUUUGCAAGAUGGUUUGAUUUCAGUUGCUAUAGGAGUUGCAGCACAGCUCUCCAUAGAGAAGGGCCGAUUUGUUCCCAUCGCAGAAGUCAUGGAUUAAUAGUGCAGUGCUUCUGUUUGACUUUUGAUCUUUUGGUGGCAGUGGAAGUUGUAAUUCAGCUAUCUUCCCCUUCCUCCUUUGUUUAGGUGUAGAAAUGGCUGUAAUUGUAUAUCGGGUGGCCUACAUUAAAAGGGAUUAGCCUAUAAUAAAAGUCUGCCAUAUAAUGCAAAAAUUUUACUUUCCUUGUU